CCUGGAAACACCACCUGUUAAUCCCCCUCCUUCCAGGCUCACCUGCGUGCAGGUUAGGCAGGUGAAACAUCUCCCCGGAAACGAGCAAGAGCACCCCACCUGCUGGGCCCUUCCUGCUCAAAUCGGAUCCAGCACAUUCUCCUCCCUCCCAGGAACCAUCCGUGACAGCUGAGGCCAUGUGAGUUGGUCCUGAAUGAGGCUUUAUCUCUGGCGGUUGGUCCCAUCAUCCUCUGUGGCACCAGUUCCCUCGGCCAGCCAGGAUGGGACAGGCAACUGAGAGAGCCAGAGCCAGAGAGGUAAUGGUGACCUCCACCUGGGCUAAGAGGAAUGAGACUCUGGGCCUGCAGCUGACAAGCAGGAGGUGGAGGCACCAGGUCAUGGUUUGCACCCUCUGACCUCCGACACUGACCUUCUGCCCGGAUCCUGCCUGACCAAGCCAUGUCUGAACCAGCCCGAGCCCCAGCAGGCCAGGAGCUGCCUCCGGACAUGCUGGCAGAACAGGUGGAGCUUUGGUGGUCCCAGCAGCCUCGGCGCUCCUUGCUCUGCUUCAGCAUGGCAGUGGGCCUCGUGGCAGGCUGUGGCGCCGGUGGCGUGGCCCUGCUGUCCUCCACCAGCAGCCGCUCUGGUGAGUGGCGCCUAGCAACAGGCACCGUGCUCUGCCUGCUGGCCCUGCUGGUUCUGGUGAAGCAGCUGAUGAGCUCAGCCGUGCAGGACAUGAACUGCAUACGCCAAGCCCACCAUGUGGCCCUGCUGCGCAGCGGUGGAGGGGCCGAUGCCCUGGUGGUGCUGCUCAGUGGCUUGGUGCUGCUGGUCACUGGCCUGACCUUGGCUGGGCUGGCUGCUGCCCCCGCCCCUGCGCGGCCCCUGGCUGCCAUGCUAUCUGUGGGCAUUGCCCUGGCUGCCUUGGGCUCACUCUUGCUGCUGGGCUUGCUGCUGUAUCAAGUAUUUGUGAGCGGACACUGCCCUCCCAUCCAUGGGGCACCUCCUGCCCCCCACAGUGGCACUAGCAACAUCUUCAGCAUCUCAGGACAGUUGUCUGCUGGCCAGCGUCAUGAGACCACAUCCAGCAUCGCCAGCCUCAUCUGACCAGCUAGAGUCCUCCUUUGCACAACCUGCCUCAGUGUCCCCAGAUGCACUCCAGGGCAUGCAUCUGUAUGUGUACAUGUGUGUGAGCGUGUGUGUAUCCCAGGGCCUUCUGUGUACGUCAGCCCUUCUGUGGGAUUGUGUUAUCCAGAGCUCAUGUGUACCCACCUAUCCAUAGCACAGGGAGUGUGCCUUCUUAGAACUGCUGCAUGUUUGUGUCCAUGGACUAACCCUCUGCCUGUCUGGGAUCACAAGGCAGAGAAAGGUUUGUGAUCCCUGAAGAUUCUUGACUCUUAUUUCCAACACCCCUCAUCACUAGUCUGCCUUGUGACACCGGUCAGGAGUUUCCACAGGGAUGUCUUUUGCCCACCCCAGGACUGCACCAGUGACUGCUCAUCAAGCAGAGUUCUGCAGGCAAAUCAGAGGGAACAUGGGCUCCAGACUAAGAUUCACCCGGACUGGAGCCCGGCUUUGAUCUCCCACUUUGCACCUGGGCAACUUGAACAGUGACUUAGCCUUGCUAGGCUCAGGUUCUUGAAGUUCACGUUGCCAUUAACUGUGAGGAGUAAAUGUCACCAUGAAUGGAAGGACUGGCUCAUAGCAGAUGUGCAAUAAAAUGGAGGCUGCUGUUGUCA